GUAAUUCUCAGGUCGUGUGCGACAGCAGCAAGUUUCUAAUUUAUUUUAUAGUCAAAUUAUCAUAAUUUAGAACCAUUAGAUAUUUCUAGCUGGCGCCCCCAUUCAUAAAUAAAAUGAGUCAUCCUUCUGCAACUGCAAGCCUUGACGAUGCAAGCAGAGUGACACCCCCUCCUCCCGACGGCGCGUCUUCAAUUCAGGGGCCAUCGGUGAAGAAACAGGGUGCCGCAAUGGAGCCUUCUCGGACGGCGAUGCGGGCCAGGGUUGUCAUCGCGAGCACUGGCAUCUCGCUCGGAUUUCUGGUGUUAGUGGUGUUUCUCGCAGUGGAAGAAUAUAGGAAUUUUCAUAUUGCAAUUUGGGGAUUGGUUAGUGGAAUAUUUGCUGCUCUCACCCUUAUCGUUCACAUCCAGCACACUAGAGGAGACCGUGAUGUUUGGGUCAAUCGACUCAAAGCACCCAUCAUCUUAGGAUUUAUAGUUCAACUCGGAUCCAUUGCUGCUUUUAUUACCUACCUUGUCUUAGCUCUUGUGGAAAAACAAACUCUCAUGCCUGUGACUGGAGCUCACCAUGGGUAUUACUUGACGGCCAUCUGGGUCUUCAUGACAUGGAAAUGGUCAUUUGCUCUCUUCUUUUUCUCAAGAAGUUACAGGAAAUUCUACAUCACAAAAUACGUCUCGAUACCAUAAAAAGUCUCCAUCAACAAAAACUUUGCCACCGGUUGUGUGACAUGGAUUUCAAGAUCUCUGCAUUCCAAUGGUGGUAAUGUAUAGAGUCAGUCACUGCUUUAUGUUUGGUCAAUUACGGUUUCCCUUGAUGCAUGAGAAACCGGUCAUGCGCAUAAUGCGCGUAGGAUGUAAAGCGUGAAACAUACUCACUAUCAUCCUGCUGAGUAAAUGAUCAGAAACAUGAAUGUUUCUUAAUGGUGAACCAUGACGGACCAAACAUGCAGUGACAAAACAAUGAAUAUUUAAGGGUCCAAGGACAACCUUGAUUCAUGUUUUCAUUUAACUUUUUUGUAAAUGCAUCCCUAUAGACUGGUGUCUUUUCAGCCGGUCUUGUUUGAAGUUUGGUUAAUUCAGAGUAGCACUCGGGACAUGAGGCAGAUAAUGGAUCAAUGGGAGAUUUGUGGACAGUCCAUUUCUAACAGUUCUCGCCAGUAGUAUGCAUGCUCAGGGGCCUAGGCGCUCAAUACUGAGCAUGUGCGCACACGCUCAGAUCCGCAAAAACGGACCAAUAUGUCUGCUGCCGCCAGUGUUUCAAAAGUCUCCCUUUAGGAUCAUAAUUCAGAGGAAUAAGAUCUAUUGAAAAGUGCAAAUAUGUUAUGAACCAUGGACUUUAAUUAAGUAUUAAAAUUGUGUUAAAUGAAUGCAACAGGUGUCACCAAAAGAUCAAUGACAAGGCGCUUUUAUACCGAUGGCAUUUUGUCAUUGUUACAGACACUAAUUAUCCAUGACAGAUGGCAGUGUCAACUAGUGUCACUGGCUCGUGACAUUGUCACCAAUGUAUCAUUAAUGUCAUUUGAUGGGUCACUAAGAUGGGUGUCAUUGUCUCUACCAGUUGUCAUUGUCACCUGUAUUUUCAAAUUGUUAUUUAAAGAAUAGACUUGUGCAAGUCUCGUGCAGAUUCAAACAUUAAAGUGCUUGUUGUUUUUUUCAUCAUAAAGCAUUGAGGACUUUAAGUACUAAAUGUUUUGAAUAUGCACAAGACUUACACAGUCCAUUAGACUCUACUUUGUAUAAAUGUAAGAUAUGAUGCACAGAAAAACCAAUGAAUAACUGAAUAAUUUUGUUCUGCAAGUUAGCCUGGUUGGUCGUCUGUUUCCGUUGUACUUGUCAGUAUAGUGUGGCAGAGAUUUAGGCAGCCAGCCAGUGAGCCAGAGCUAGCUUAUAGCAUUGUGCACAUUUUAUAAAACAAUUAGUGUAGGCCUAAGUGGCUAUAGAGCAGGGACAUAAUAUUUUCAAGGUUUAUUAUAUAUAUAAAAAAAGGUUAUACAUUGUAUUUUCAUCGUUUGAUUUUUUUCACACUGCUAUAAAUUAUAAAAUCAGCCGGGUUCUGAUUCAUACCUCGGUACAAAUACGUUUCAUGCAAACAAUACACACACAAAAACUGCCCAUGAAUUCGAGACGGCUAAUUGUUUUCAAAGGCAUCCUGUGAAUAAUAAUGAGUUUUAAGUACAGAUUGAAUUCCCACCUAUGUAGAGGCCACAAUCAUGGGUACAUCUACAUCUAAAUCCAUAUCAAAUCAUGUUCUACAUAACUACUGCCCCGAGAGUAAGUGUAAAUUGAUAUUAUGGGGGCUCGGACAAAAUGGAGUGACAUACCGUCACGUAGAAUGAAGGGUGCUUGAGUUCCUCGUAUGCUCUCCGGCUACGUGAUACCUCCUGCUCUGCGGAAGCAACAACGGCGAUGUAACUUGGCACUACUAUUACAUUAUCUACAAUUGAACUCUCUUUUAUAAAUGAGUAAAGAAUCUGAGAAGGGUUGUAAAGGUGUUGUUGACAAUAAUGCGUUUGAUUCACUGCCGAGUUUGAUGUGAUACUUUGCAGCGGAUUUAAGCAAACGUGGCUUUUAAGAAUGCAGCACUUCCUUUUGCUACAGAUUAAUUCACCCAUUUUUCCCCCAGUGACUGUACAGAACCAAAACCUUGCUUUAAAGAAUGUCUUUCACAGAUAAGAAUAUAUUUAUAUGUGACAACUCUAUUGUGUAAUAUAUUUUAUGGUUGAAUUUGCAGUGCACAACUCUUUUUACAAAGGCAUUUAGCAAGUACUGUGUUCAUUUGCUAGUUUAAACAAUGUUAGUGAAAUGUUGAUUUUCAUAGUUUAUCAGUAGACCUAAAUGCACAAAUUAUGUAAUGACUUAAAGACCCAAUAAAUCUGAAUGAUAACCGUAAUUAAAAUAGUGUUUUUAAUACAAAUCUUUUGUAAGAGAUAUAGAGUUUUCCCACUUUAUAAAAUGUUAAAGACGCGAGGUCCCCUUUUGGACAGAUUUUACGCAAAAAUUUAAAUUUAAAUUUUAUAAAUUAUACAUGUAGCUUUAUUUUUGUGGGUUGUAGAAAGUUACAGAGAAGCUUUAAUUAAAGGUAAACAAACGCACAAAAACACCAAUGAUAAUGGUAGUUUAAUGAAAACUAGAAAUGUAUUGUGUUCAGGAUCCCAACAUUAUCUCACGUUCAUUGUCUAUGACAGUCGCAGUCUCAUCAAUGAGGUAUAAUUAUGUCAUAAACAUAAUGUAUUUCAGAAUCUUACAGUCUUAUGUAAAACUACACUCUAUAUGCAGGGUAGGAACUUAAUGGCAUCAUCAGUCACAAAUGACUAAUCUCUUUAUGAUAGUUUAGGCUCUUAGCUCGUCUUGGUUCCAGGAAUAAUAGCUCCCUUAGGCGGCAAGCGGUUUAUGGUACAUAUGAUAGGUCACUAGUUAGGUUUUUAUGGCUAUAUUUUGUGUUUAUGACUACAAAACUGCAGCGUUGUGAAUCAAGACUACAUGUAGCUCUGAGUAGAACCAGUUUUACAUCACAGUGUCUAUCAGGACUGAAAUAAGCCCUGGAACACAAGGUGUCAUAACAAAAUAAAAUCAGAACACUAAAUAGUAGCACAAUGAUGUUUUGUUUAAGAAAAUAACAAUUUGGUAAUCAUUUUUCAUGUUGAGCAUUACAGUGGAAAAGUACGUGUCCAGGUUUAGGAAAAUAAGUACAUAAUUAUCUGGUCCCAAUUUCAUAAAGCUGUUUUGCAAAACACACUGCUUGACACAUUUCUUUGCUUAGCACAAACUAAGUGGGACACCACUCAUAACAAUGUUAACUUAAUGGUAUGUUGGAUUGUAACCAGUUUCUUCUAAGCAAUAGGCUACUAUUCUGUGCUUAGGUAGUUUUUGUGCUUUCAAAUUUUAUGAAAUUGGGCCCUGGUGUUCAUUAAUGGAAUUCAUACAUUGCCAUUUGAUAUUAUAAGUGCGAUGUGCAGAAGUACAAAUUUAUUAUCAUACCCUUAGGUGAUUUCAGUACAUCUGAUUCAUACCUCUGACUAGUGGUUGUUGGCUCAAUAUAAAGACAGCUGUCGACGGACGCUCAGGCUAAUGAGCGUACAUGCCAAUGGGCUUGUUUGUGUGCCGAAAUUAGCAAUAGCUUCAUAAACAUUGAAGCCUUCAAUGUUUUCCAUCCACAAGUAGGUCAUAUAGGUAAGGAUUCAAUGCACCAGGGAUUGGUUUCAUGAAGCAGCUUGAGCACAAAAAGUAGCUAAGCAAACUAAAUAUAAUGCUUACCAGAUUAAGGUUACCAGCCAAAAAACCAUGUCAUAUACAUACAUUGUACCAUCUGGUAUCAAGCUCAUUCUUGCUCAGCAGAAAACUGUUAAGCAAUGUUAUUUUGCUGAAGCAGCUCUAUGGAAAAGGGCCCAGAUAUUCAGGGAGAGAUGAUGGAGGAAUUUGGAGGACUUGGGACCAUCCUAAUCCUUCAAAAAUCCUCCACAGUCUUACUUUGUGCGACAUUGUACUGUAGGGCCAUGCAAUUAUUAUUAGAACAUAUGCAUUCUAGACUAGUAGUUUUAUCUCUCUAACUCUGAGAAUUUGGUAGUGAGGUCCCAUAGAGUGGAGUAUUUUUUUUGAAAGUCAAGCCAAGGUUUUGGUUGUUUUAGAACUAAAUCUGUGAAAGACCCAGCCACGCUCUAAGGGCAAGAAAUUUUCAGACUUCAAAUUAAAUUGUUUGUUUUCUUCUUUUGGUGUGGUUUUAAGCCAUUGGACCCUUUCGGUAAACAGUGUUGUCCAA